GAGAAAAUGCGGAGAUGAAGCUGCUUUCAGCGUCCUCGUUGUAGACUCGGUCAGUGACCGAAAAAGAAGCGUUUUCUUUCAACUAAGUUUGUAUAGCCACAUGCAAAUAGCUGCCCAGUAACCAUUUUGCUUUUCUACCACUUACCACCGCUCCGUUCACUCGUUUACUCCCUCCCUUUCCUUUCACAAUGCCGGGUUUCAUGGCAUUCCCUCUCUUUUUUUCGUUCUUUCUUGCUAUUUUUUCGGCUAUUGGAGUUGGUGCGUCAGAAACACACACCAUAAAGUUUAUCAACCAAUGUGGUCACGGAACCCCAUGCUUGGUUGAGAAUGGUCGCAACGUAUCUACUGGACAGGACUACGUUGUCGAUGGCCUAUUUUCCGGAAUCGCAUACUUACAGACCGGACAGUGUGACACUAAUGGCGAAGAGUGCACGCUAGUCGAGAUGAACCUGGUCAACCCGACCUGUCCGGGGUGUGGCUCUAGCGUUGAUAUCUCACUCAUUGACCCCCAUCGUUUCAACGUGGAAGCUUCUUUUGCGUAUUACAACGGAUGCGACGGACUUGGAGCCGAUUGUGAUGGCCCGAACUGCGCCGUAGCUUUCUAUGCCCCAGAAGACUGGUAUGCCCAACGUCAAUGUGAAGCUGAUAAUGUGAACCUCCUCAUUGCAUUUUGUGCCGACGCAUCCGAUAUUAUAUCGGGCGGGAGUGUCCCUUCCUCGGCCCCUUCGAGCUCCACCAUCUCGAGCGCCUCUUUGCCAUCAACUACUGCGACAUCGACAGUGACAACUCUAUCAAGCCCUGGCACCUCGCUGAAGAAUUUACCUACCACCACCCAUGUCAAUGCCGCAGCAUCCUCCACUGGUACCAGUUACCCAUCCUCUACCCCGAAAAAAUGUCGGAGGCAGCUAAACAGCACUGGUACUAUUGCAAAGCGCGAACCUACGGGACUCGUGUCGAGGAUACACCGCCAGCGUCGGUCCUUCUGAGGAUGCACUCUGCUCAUCCCCUGGUCUUUUUUACAGUUAUUGAUUAACUGCUAGCGAAAUUGCUAUAUGCUUUGUGCAGAAUGCCUUCAUAUUCUGAUGCUUUUUAUACCCAGUCUUUUUCAGCAUUCACGCAUGCGUGAAUUCCAUUAUUCGGGUGGACGGCCCUGGUGGCAUUCUAGAUGUUGCUUUCUUCUCGAUCAUGUAACCGGUCUUACCUUCCCCAGUACUACCGUUGAUGUA